ACUCAAAUUUAACACAAUAUAUUUCACAUAAUCAGUUCAAUUCUGGGUGUGUAUACAUGAGACUACAUAAUAAGGUAUUUAUUUUUUACAUUCGUGACAGAACCAUUCGUCAUCGUCGAGGAAUAUUCUUUUUACAACAUAAGGGAGAUAGAUGUUACAAAAUACUGGUAGUCAAAAAGAGGAGUGGUUAACUUUGUUUAUGAUUAUCUCCGCGGCGUUGGAACCUAAAGCAACCCAUCAUCAAAGGACAAGGCGCUUCCAUAUUCCGCUCUUAAAGGAUCUUUGAUUGACGCCGCACCAUGUGCUAAUUCUUUCCCCUUAAAAUCAAUUAAUUUUUCAUUGUCAGUUCAUUCAUGUGAUGACAAAGCACCGAGUGAAACUGAACACGAAAAUACCAAGUAUUUUUUCGCACUCACAAUUCAGUUAAAAUGUCUUUUGAUAUUCUCACUAUAAUAAAGUAAACUGCAACGGCAUGUUAACUUAGUUUUGUAUUGUUUUGUUUCAAGAUAUGAAAGACGUGUUUAGCUGUUAGUUUAUUGGAAUAAGAGACACGGGCAUUGCAUGGUUUAUAGCGUGAAAUCAGCUGAAUCACACGUUACGUGUAAAUCAGCAGAAAUAGUGAGUUGCUGGUCAAUGCGUUUGAAGGUCACAAAGAACCCCUCGAAGCCCCGUUCUGAGAACUCCGGCUCGACCUUCAGGCAAGUAGGGGGGCGACAGAGGGUGACUCACUAUGUCGUGUGUUUAUAGCGUGUUUAACAAUCUAAAUUAUUACUUUGAAUUUAAUGAUCUCUGUAUAAUAUAGCUGAAUCCCACGUUACGUGUGAAUCAAUCAGCAGAAAUAGUGAGUUGCUGGUCGAUGCGUUUAAAGGUCACAAAGAUUAAGAACCCCUCGAAGCCCCGUUCUGAGAACUCCGGCUCGACUUUCAGGCAGGUAAGGGGCGACAAAGGGUGACUCACUAUAUGCGUUUAUAACGUGUAUAAAUCCUUACACUGAGCAAAUAGAGCGAGAAAUAGAAAUGGUUAACAAGAAAUAUCACCCUGAAUUGAAAUGUUUAUAAAUUCUACUUUAUUCCUGUUGCAAGACACUUAACUAUAUUUACAAUUUGAAUUUUAAGGUACUGAUUCAAUGUUGGACAUUGUACUCUAAACUCUAGCUAAGUUAACGAUAACGAAAUAAAAGUUCUUUCUAUACACUGACUAUUUUUAUUUAUUAGUGAUAUUCAAAUAUAUAUGAUUGUUAUAAAUACAUUUUAUUUGAAUUUCCAAAGAAUUCAAAUCUAAACCAUUCAAAUUUCAAAACACAGAAACAGAAUGCCAUCGGUCGCCAAAUGAAAGUACUACAUAUUUCCAUUCCGGAGUGCAAUAGCCACUUUUGACGCUAGAGGACUCCGGACUCCGGAGUGCAAUAGCCACUUUUGACACUAGAGCGCUCCGGACUCCGGAGUGCAAUAGAUUUUACCGAAAAAGACACCGACAGCAAAUGAGCUGAUUGUUUUUCUUUUCAAUAUCCGAUUUUUUACGUCGAGUAAAAGAUCAAAGAUUAUUUGUUGAAAUGUCGAAAAAUGUCGUACUUAUGGUGGCAGAAAAGCCAAGUCUUGCAGCAAGCUUGGCAAAAAUUUUGAGCAACAAUAGUUGUCACACAAGGAAAGGUUUCAAUGGAGCAUGCUCUGUUCAUGAAUGGAAUGGAUUAUUUAAAGGCCAGAGUGCAUACUUCAAAAUGACAUCUGUUUGUGGCCAUGUUAUGUCUUUAGAUUUCACAGGUCGUUAUAACAACUGGGAUAGUGUUGAUCCUGUUGAGUUGUUUACAUGCCCAACUGAAAAGAAAGAAGCAACUCCUAAAUUGAAAAUGCCUGCGUUUCUAUCUCAAGAAGCCAAAGGUUGCAACUAUCUAGUUCUUUGGCUAGAUUGUGAUAAAGAAGGAGAAAACAUUUGCUUUGAAGUAAUCAAUGAAGUUGAGCCUGUGAUGGUAAGAUCUCAGAGAAGAGAACAAACCAUUCUGCGAGCCAAAUUUUCUGCAAUCACAGAAAAAGACAUUAAAGCUGCAAUGAAUUGUCUAGUUUCUCCAAAUGAAAAUGAAUCCAAGAGUGUGGAUGCUAGGCAAGAAAUAGAUUUGAGAAUUGGAUGUGCUUUCACACGAUUUCAGACAAGGUUUUUUCAGGGAAAAUAUGGUAAUUUGGAUUCCACGCUCAUUUCUUAUGGUCCAUGCCAAACACCCACAUUAGGGUUCUGCGUUGAACGGCACGAUACUAUAAAAACUUUCCAACCGGAGCCGUUUUGGGUGAUUCAGGUUUCCGUUCAGGCCACAGAAUUCCGGAAACUUACCCUUGAAUGGGAACGAGUCCGUCUGUUUGAUCGUGAAGUUGCUUCAGCUUUCCACCAAAAGAUUAAAGACUGCAAACAGGCCAAAGUUGUAGGUAUUUCUCAAAAAGAAAAGGCGAAGCAACGCCCACAGGCUCUUAAUACAGUUGAACUGAUGAGGGUCGCCAGUUCUGGUUUAGGAAUGAGCCCUCAUAGUGCCAUGAUUAUAGCGGAAAGAUUAUACACACAGGGUUAUAUUUCUUAUCCGCGAACGGAAACAACUCAAUAUCCAGAAAAUUUCGAUAUUAUUGGCGUGUUAAAGCAAUUCCGUCAGAGUGCUGAGUUUGGAGCCGAUGUUCGAGACGUCCUUUCCCAAGGAUCUGUCCACCCCCGUAAAGGCCAAGAUGUCGGAGACCACCCUCCAAUUACGCCAAUGACUUUGGCUUCCCGAGAGUCGUUUGAUCACGAUUCCUGGCGCCUCUAUGAUUACAUAGUGCGUCAUUUUAUUGGAUCGGUGUCAUCGGACUGUAAAUAUCUGGUUACGCGAAUAGAUUUUGAUGUGGGGCCUGAAUCAUUUUCCGUCAGUGGUAAAAAAUUAUUAGAUCCUGGUUUUACUCGCACUAUGCAUUGGCAGGCUCUCAGCCCCGACGAGCACAUGCCGGAUCUAAAACUGAACCAAAUGGUUCCUAUAAAUGAAGUUAAACUGAACGAACGUUUGACUUCUCCACCUGAUUAUUUAACAGAAUCUGAGCUGAUUACUUUAAUGGAAAAGCAUGGAAUUGGAACUGAUGCAUCCAUUCCAGUUCACAUUAAUAAUAUUUCGCAGAGAAAUUAUGUUACUGUUGGCAAUGGAAGGAAGUUGAUUCCUACGGCACUUGGCAUUUCGCUAGUCCACGGAUAUCAGCGUAUUGAUCCUCAACUGGUAUUACCCACAAUGCGUUCGGCCGUGGAGGAACAAUUAAACCUUAUUGCCAAAGGAAGGGGAAAUUACGAUGAGAUCCUUCGCCACGCUUUAGAAAUCUUCCGGUUAAAGUUUAUUUACUUCGUCCAGCACAUCGAGGGUAUGGAUCAUCUAUUCGAGGAUACGUUUUCAACAUUGUCGCAGACAGGGAGAAAUUUCAGUCGAUGUGGGGCUUGCAGAAGAUUCAUGAAACUAGUAGCUUCAAAACCAGCUCGACUCCAUUGUCCGAACUGCGAUGCGACAUAUUCCUUGCCGGCGGGUGGAAGUUUCAAAUUAUUUAACGAAUUGAAAUGUCCACUUGACGAAUUCGAAUUACUGCUGUGGGUUGGAGGUCCAAACGGGAAAGGAUAUCCUUUUUGCCCUUACUGCUACGUUUUCCCGCCAUUCAGAGAAAUGAAGAAAGGCAGCGGAUGUAAUCAAUGCACGCAUCCAUCGUGUACUUAUGGUUUGAAUGCAACUGGAGUUGCAUCAUGCGGAGAAUGCCCCAACGGUAUUCUUGUCCUGGAUCCUACUUCAGGGCCAAAAUGGCAAUUGGCUUGUAAUCAAUGUCAAGUGGUGAUUAAAGUUUGUGAAGAUGCCAACAAGCUUAGCGUUGCUAGUUCUACAUGUCCUGAGUGCGAUGCUCGUCAAAUCAAUGUGGAAUAUCGACCGGAAAAAAAUAAGUUAGCCAAUGGACUCACCAAGGUGAAGGAUGCUUGCAUCUUUUGUUCACCGGAACUGUCAGAGCUGGUGGAGAAGCGUUAUGCAUCACAUGCGAAAAGCAAACGAGGAGGUCGUGGGCGAGGUAGAGGGCGUGGUCGUGGCCGUGGCCGUGCAAAGCCUAAGGAUAAAAUGGCACAGCUUGCUGCUUAUUUCGUGUAAAAAUUUAACACAAUACAAGCACAUGGAGGUAUUUAAUACAAGACAAAUCAUUCGUCUGGA